AGCAACUCUAGCGCUGCUGGUAAUCCCCUGAAAUCUUAAACCCUUGAAACCCAAAAACCCUUUCUUUCUGUCUCUGUCUCUGUCUCCUCUGUGGAAACUCAAAAAUGGGUUUGGGUCCUCGAUUGCAAUUGAUCCGGAAUCUCUAUCGAGCAAAAAAUCAAAUUCCAGAAUUCUCCCGUUUGCUUGGGAGCUCAGGAAGAUAUUCAAAUGUCAUUUCACAUGAUUCCAAAUCCUGGGGCAAUUCCUCUUGUUUGGAUGGAAGAUAUCUUAAUCAUCAAUCAUGUAAUAAAUGGACUGUUCCACUAGCUAUUUGUAGGACCAUGUCGUCCUGUGUAACCAAGGACUCUAGAGGACUUCCUUGGACUCCUGGUACUAAAAUCAUACUUCAAGCAACAACGGUAGCUGAGCUAUCCAAUUUUGGCUAUGCUAGAUUUGUUACAACACAAGCAAAAGCUCCAGCCCAAGCACGACUAAUGGGAGCACUUCAGGUAUCUAUGCAGAGUCCUGGAAUUGUGUAUGAGCCAUAUGCACCUCGUGAAAAGCUUCCUUUCUGGAGAAGGUGGUUUACAAGAAGUGGUUGGCGUAGAACAAAAGAUGAUCUUAUUUUAGAGCUCAAAACUGCGUAUGCCAUUGCUAAAUUGCGAAAAUCUGGAUACUCUAAACAGAAGUUCUAUAAUGAAGCUUUUGACUUGUACAAAGAGAUAAGUACUAAAGUUGCUAAUGGAGACAAAACAUCAUUGAGGAAAUUAGUUACAGAGAAGAUGUAUUCUGCUCUCAAGAAUGAAAUCAAGCAAAGAGAAUCCAGGUGGAGUAAAAUGUAUUGGGAACUGGUGGAACCAGCAGUUCAAAUACGAACACUACGUGCUCGACUGAUUGCCAUUGAUCGGGAAAAUCUUAAUAAGGCGUUUGCACAGCUUACACUUGAAUUUUUGACUAAACAGAAAUAUGAGGCAUAUGAUACAAAUGGAACUGUUGUUGCUGGAGACAAGGACAAGGAGGUUCUUGUGCGUGAGAUAUGGGUUUUUGAGAAAUCUCUCUUCCACCCUGGAGCAUAUUGGCGUCUAUGUGGACGAAUCAACACUUCAUGAGGUUUUAUCUGAUGAGGAGAUAUUUUGUAAACUAAAAAUUUUGAAUAAUGGCAUCUUAUCAUUUUUUAGAAUUUGUUUGUUCAGUAAAAUUUCUGAUGUAAAGGACUAAUUUUAAUUUUUUUUUUUGGCCACGAAUAGCUUAUACUGUGAAUUCCCUGUAAGUCAUUGGGCAGAUUCAAAUAGCUGCUUUCAUGCUUGUAAAGUUGAAUGAGGGGAUGACGUUUUGGAGUUUUUGAACACUGCACUUAUUUUAAGUGAUAUUCAUCUAACGACUUGUGAAUUCCCAGUGGAUAUGUACUUUACAGCAUUGAUAUACUCGAAUUCUUGUUGGUCUAGUUGUUUAACCAUUUUGGGGAAUCUUAGAUCAUGGGUAGUCGGAUCAUUUAUCUUUAAUUUUCAGACCUUGAGACUUAUUUGCUGGAUCUUUGAAAUAAUCCAUUUUGUGGAAUUACAUGCAUGGUUCAUAUUAAGGUUUGUUACUACACAGGACAUCAGUUUAUGAACACAACCUCUUCCCGACAAAGGGGGGAGAAAGGAGGUGAAGGGAAAGACUUUAUGCACUAGAUUUACUGAAUGAAAAACCAGCAAAGGUAGGUUUUUCAUUUUUGUUAUUCUUUCUAAUCUGCUGAACAUUAAUUUACCCUUCAGAUGAAGUGCUGCUAGGAUUGUAAUUUGCGACUUGGUAAAGCCCUGGCAUUCAUUCAGUGUUGUGAUUGGUUUCGUGGUGUUCGUUGAACAUGAAAGCAUACUAACAUGUUUUGUUAUUAUCUCUGGCAUUCAUGUAUAGAUAAUAGUCUUGGGGGUUGUCCUCCCCCCAUUCAUUUCCUUUACCAAAUCUUGCACUUUGGCCCGUUUCAAAUUUCUACAAAUCUAUAUGUCAAAUGUGCUAAAUUCAGUCAAGAUUAGGAAUAUUUUGCGGAACUCAAGAAUUGGGCUAAAGUGACUCGGGUAUUCCUGGGAACUGAAGACCAUACCAGGAAUAUCAACAGUCAUCCUUUUUCUUACUCAUGGUAAAUCCUUCAACUAAUAUUCAAGGUAACAGUCAAGCAACUGGAUCUUGUAUCUUCCCGAAAGCGACCUAUUUCUUUAAAGCAUAAUCAACUCUGGGUGGAUAUCGGGCAGAGGAAAAAGAAAGAAAAGAACUUUUCUGGCAUAAAGUAAUCCUUGUUGCUUGACGUGUGGGAGAUUCUCUCCCAUAACACCGUGAUUACCUUGCGUUCAGAUGAAGCAAGCCCUCAAUGUUUUUAAUGCAACCUCUGAAGAAUGGAGGAGGAUAUGGAUGAAUUAAAGGGCAGCCCUGAAAGCCUUGGCAUUUUUCGCAUAUUCAUCAAUUUCAUCCUGCCUACAGAAUGUUUUGUGCGGGAUGCUUUAGCCAUUUUCUGCAGACUCUUCAUCUUCAUAGCAAGUUCUGCAGUUCUAGCAGCACAAGACUUGAAGCAGCAUUUGAGUUUGGGAGGCUUUCUUGGCCAUGGAUUUUAUAUCGUCCAGAGACUGCAUGAUUGGAUCAUGCAAACCCUGGAAGCUCAGGCCAUGAAGCCUGUGACUUUAGGACGCAUGCCUGGAAUUGCUGCUGCACAAUCGCAACAUCGAACUAGCACCAGAAAAGAUCAAAAUCUGCAUUUGACUUCUCAUACAAAUCCAUCUGAAGUGAAGGAUUAUUGUCCAAUGAAUGCAGCAAAACAAACGGAACCGGUUAGGUACCACUCGAGCUUCCCCAGAGAUGAAAGAGAGCUAUCACAACUCCCAAACGGUGUAGAUGAUGAAGUUCUUUCUUCCUGCUCAUCUAUACAAAAGAAAGAUGGUGAAGAUAUGGUAAAAGAUCAGGAGUCAACUGUGCCAACCGUCGUGCUUUUCCCUCAAAAAAGAGCUCCCAAGGAGUCGGUUAGCAAAAAUGAGAAUGUAGAGAUAUUGAAGGAAAUUAAACCAAAUUAUUUUAUUAUUUAAUUUCCUAAAUUCUUUUAGUUUCUUAUUUCAGUGUCUAGUUUUGAUAAGGUAUAGUUUCCGUAAUUGAGGCCAGGUCCAAAUAGUGACGAGUCAAGUGUUAGUCCAACUCCUAGUUGGUUUGAAUUGAUUACUCCCUUGGGUUAGUC